AUCCAUGAGAGAGACUUCACCUGAGAAACAUGAAGAAGCUGUUACUUUGAUUUCGGUAACUGAACAUCCAACUCGUUAUCCUCAUCAUUUCAUCUUAAUCUUCAUCACCCUCAUCAUCUGUUCACAUAAUUGAACAUCAAAAGUUUAUCACCAGUGUGCGAAUCCACUGUUGAUUUAGUUUAAAUCAUCAAAUCAACAGCGAAAAAUUUAACAACUAUCAGUUAAUUGUGUCUAUCAAAAUUGGGAUACUUCAAGUUCCUUCCAACUUUAAACAUUUUAAUCAUUUCCUUUCUCGAAUUUGAUUGUUUAGAUUAUCCCUGUUAAAAAUUAAAGUUAAUCCUUUCAUUUGAUUACCACUCUUGACAUUACAAGUGCUAUAAAUUGGCUAAUUAACUUGGAUUUAACUAAACAAUUAACAAAGUGAUUUAUUGUUAAUUUAAUCUUUGUCAUUCCAUCAAUUGAUAAAAUGGUUUACUUUCAAUAGUGGUUAAUUGUCAAUGUUACCAAAGGAAGAAGACAUUUUAAUUUCAAUGCCAACCCCAAUAGGCCAGAAGCGUAAGAUUGAACCAUCAAAGAUGACACCUCGACCUCCAUUUUUGUCACCAUUUGAUUACAUUUUUUACCUGAAACGUCAAGUUGAAAAGGAGAAACUUGAAAAUUCAAAUUAUGAAUCGGACGGAUUAAAGGAUAACUCAUAUCAGGGAGGAUUAUCCAUUGAAACUCCCAAAUUAUCUGAACUUCUCAGGAAAUUAGCUGAAGAUUUAAGAAUUGCACAAGGAAGUUUCGUUGAUGAGUUUAUCGAUGAACCUCAUCAUGGAAUCUCAUGGCUUCUUGAUCUACUUCGAAGUAGCCUCAAUCGUCAACAGUGUCCAGGAAUGGUCAUCUCAGGGGGAAGAGAACAACCAAAUAAAAACAAGAUGAUCAAAAAUCGCGAUCGACAACAUCAACUAAAAAGGGCAAUGACCGAUGAAUAUGAUUGUCUACUGUGUUUAAAAUAUGCAACAACAGCUAAUUCAAAAGCCCUGGUUAAGAUAUUAUCACAUCGAAAUGGUCUCCUAACUUUGGCUUCAUGUAUCGUCUCAAAUUUAACUAAAUCAAGAGUAAUCGCUUUAGAGUUAUUGACUAAAGUUUGCAACAUCGAUCCUGAAGGAGAUGGUAAAGUGCUCGAGGCAAUUUCAACAAUGAGGAUAAUUUUUGGUGAAUCAGUUAGAUUUAAAUUGUUAAUCUCAGUGCUUAAUUCAGCAAAUGGUUCAUCAGCCAAUGGAUUUGAAAGUACAGUUCUAAUGUUUUUGAACAGUUUACUGGCCAAAUGUCCCGACCCAGCGGAACGGGUUCGUCUUCAAUGUGAACUGGAAGAGGCUGGACUUGACCUCGUUUCCCUCGAAAAGAGAAUCAAAGAGAAAUCAAUUCCCCCUGAUGAUCAAAUUUGGUCUGAACUUCGUACCUGGAGGGAUAAAUAUAUUAACGUUGGUGAAUUAAUUAAAUCAAAUAAAAUGUUAACCCGAGAAUCAAAUAAAUUAAGAGAUGAAAUUGAUUUACUUCAACGAGCUUUAACCAAAUUGGAAGAGGAUAAAAUCAAUCUGAUGCAUAUUGAAAGAGAGAUGAAAGAGAAAGCGGAAGACCUGGAAGCGGAAGUGAUGCUGUUAAGAGCUCGACUUAGUGAAUCUGGAAUUAAAAUUACGUGUAGACGACGAAGUAAAUCAACUGGACGACCAGGAAGUGACAGUAGUGAUCCUAUUAGCAGUGGUGCAGCUGAUUCAGGUCGAUGGUCAGAUUCAGAGGGAGGCGGUGAGAUGACCAGUGGGGGUCGGUCAUCUACUGGAAAUGAUGAGAAGACCAAACCGAUUAACUCAACCCACUCCAAUAAUAAUAAUAACAACAACAACAACAACCAAGAUGGUAAUAUGAUGAAAGAGACUUCAUCAUCUACACCUACAACAACCACCGGAAGUAUCAUGAUGAAUGAUGAUUGUAUUGAUGAUCAAAAUGUCCGAAAUGAAGAUAUCUUCAUUUAUAUACCUUCGAUUCGCCCUCCGGCCAAUUUUAAAGGCUACACUGGAUCAGAACAUUUGAGACGUGAUAAUCUAAGCCUUUCCAAUCAUCAUCAUCAUCGUCAUCACAACAAUCAGCACACCCACCACAAUUCCCAUCAUCAAAAUCAAUUUAACACUAAUCACCAUCAAUCAAUGUCUUCCAAUAAGGUGAAAAAAUCAGGAAAUAAUCCCAAUGGUGGUGGAAAUGGUGUUGGUGGUGAUGAAUCGAGGUGGAGACUUCGACAAAGAGUUGAUAAUAAUAAUGAUGAUGAAGAUGAAGAUGAUGAGGAUAAUUACUCAGGUGAGGAAAGUAAACCAACUGUAGUUGAUGUUUAUCCCAAGAAAAAUGAUCAAAGUAAAGGUUUAAUUAAAUCAUCAUCACCAUCUAAACCCUCAACAGCGAUUAAAUCAACGAAAAUUUCAUCAUCAACUGUACCAACAAUCAAUUCAACCAAUGUUAUAUUAUCAAAUGAUAUUACUGAUCAAUCAAUUAAUCAUGAAUCGAUCUGUUCAGCUUCAAUUGUUGGCGCUGAUUGUGAAGACACUGAAUUUACACUUGAUUGGCAAUAUCCUAAAGUUAAUAGUAAAUUGGAUUCACAUGGAACAAUUUAUCUUACCUCUGAUGAUCAUCACCCUGAAUUGAAUCAUAAUCAUAACAAUCAAUCAAUUAAUUGUAAACAAUCAAAUCGUAAAAGAUCUCAAUCAACUGGUUAUCUAAAUGAAUCAAAUAUCGGUGAUCAUUCAAUGAACGAUAAAAAUGACAUGAGAUCAUCUGAAAGUUGGACACAGUUUCUGAUGAGAAGUCGAGGGUCAAGCAUGACCUCAUUAAGUGAAGCUCAUUCUGCCAAUAAUAGUAAUGGUCAAGGAAGGUCACUUGAUCCUAUUGGACGUACUCCAGGUUAUGGUUCAUCGGUCAGUACCGUUGAUCCAGUAGGUAAUGGUAAACGUUCAGGUUCACAAGUAUCGACCUCAGGUAAGAGUAAAAAUUUGGCCUCAUCACUUCAAUCUUACUUUUUCUCUGGCGGUGGUAAUUCAAAUGGUACAUCCAAUGGUAAUGGUCAAUCUAAUGGUCAGUCCAUUAGUGUAAUUAAAACAAAUUCAUCUUCAUCAACCUCAUCGCAUAAAAUUAAAUCAAAUGAAAGGGAAAAAAUUAAGGAAUCGAUUGAUUCAUCCAAAUCAUUUCCACUUCCAAAUGUUUUCAAGAAAAACUUUAUCGCCAAAGGUCACGCUAAUUGUGGCCUUUAUUCGGGUGUCACCAAAGGUUCAUCUUCGUCUUCAACUUCAUCGGAACGAAGCACCAAUAAUGUUAAUAAAUUGGUUCAUCGGGAAAUCGCCAAGGAAAUUGGAGCCUUCUAUUGAUUGAUUAAUCAUAUUAAAACAGAAAAACUAAUUACAAUUAAAAUAUGGAAGAUAAAUGAAACUUUUCAAUGUUUUUAGAGACAAAUUGAUGUUUAAUUGGUCAAGAAAAUUAACUUUUAUUUUAUUUUGAUUUUACAGCAUUUUCUCAUGUAAAACCGUCUUAAUUUUAUUAAUUUGUUUCCAAUAAAUUACUUAUUUUAAUUACAAUAUAA